GCUCGCCGUGCCCGGAUGAGAACUGCGUGGAUCGCCUGUAACGACGAGGUCGCAAGUGUGGCUGCAAAGUUGGGUUGGAGCGGUGGAGGAGCGCCAGAGCUCUCCCGGGAGAGAGAGCGAGGCUGCACCGAUGCACCCUGUGCUGAAAGCUUUUGUUUGUGGCUCCAUCAGUGGAACCUGCUCCACCUUGCUAUUCCAGCCUCUAGAUCUCCUUAAGACCCGCUUACAGACCCUGCAACCAUCUGUCAAUGGGUCAGGUCGUGUUGGGAUGGUCACUCUGCUAUUUAAGGUUGUUCGCACAGAAAGCAUCUUGGGACUGUGGAAAGGUGUUUCUCCCUCAUUUGCAAGAUGCAUUCCAGGAGUGGGGAUUUACUUCAGCACUUUGUAUAUGAUAAAUCAGCAAUUUCUGCCGCAUCGGUUGCCUACAGCUUUGGAAUCGGUUCUGCUGGGGGCAGCCUCUCGUACAAUUGCUGUCGUUUGCAUGUUACCUGUCACUGUAGUGAAAACACGAUACGAGAGUGGAAGGUAUGGCUAUGAGAGCGUGCAUGGAGCCCUGAGAAAUAUCUACCGGUCAGAGGGGGUCCAUGGCUUGUUUAGUGGCCUGACAGCAACACUCCUGCGAGAUGCCCCCUUCUCUGGCAUCUAUCUAAUGUUCUACAUGCAGACCAAAAAGAUGAUACCUUAUGAUCAGUUGGAUCCAGCACUCACACCUGUAGUGAGUUUUGGCUGUGGAACUUUUGCUGGAAUUCUGGCGUCUCUGGCUACACAGCCUGCUGAUGUAAUCAAAACCUAUAUGCAGCUGUCAUCUGGAAAACCUCAUCGGACAGGAGAAGUGAUUCCUUUAAUUUUCAGGGAUCAUGGGCUGGUUGGCUUCUUCCGUGGUGCUGUCCCAAGAGCUUUGCGACGCACACUGAUGGCAGCAAUGGCAUGGACUGUGUAUGAGCAAAUGAUGUCAAAAGUGGGCUUGAAAUCUUGAUUUUCUGGGGCUGGAAGACAAAUAGCCUGACUUUUGUUCUUCUACCUGGUGAGAAGGAGCUGCGAACAAUUUCCUAUGGAAGGAUGAUUUGUUUCCAUUGUGGGAAAGCAUCGCAGUGUUGUCAGGCCAAGAAAGCUUCCCUCAUCAAAACGGGAGUAGAGGGAAACACUGCUUUGAUCAGGAUGGUGAAAUCAUUCCAGGGAGAGCAUCAGACCUGAGUUGUGAGAAGUGUUUUAAACUAUGGUGUUGUAUUUAAGCGAGGCAGCUAAGAAAGCUUCUGGAAAGUACUCUUCAGCCAUUUAGGCUGAGAAUCUUCAGAAAAGAACAUAGUAAAGACUCUUGGUAGAGAUAUACUGGCAACUGGGACUUGUAGACCUUGAAACUUAUUACUGUCCUUGUCAGCAAGUCCGGCCUCCUUGAUUGUGUGAUAUCUCUUCCAUUCUCUCAUCUUUCCAGCAUGUGGUCUAACAUGACAAAUGCAUGUAAAGGGAGAAGUUUACAAGAUUUACUUUGUAUCCAUCUCUUUUGUAAGGUACAGUUGGGAGUUAGAGACGAAUGAACACUGACUGAAAACUGCUGUGGGAAACAGUGAUUUUACCAUAAGUUUACUCUGUUGAACAAUGUAGCCCUGAAGUUUCAUUUACAUGUCCUUUGUUUUAUUGAACACCACUUGAUGUACUUAAAUUGUCCUCAUUAAGUGACCCUAAACUGAUAGGGUUACUUUGCCCACUUUUCUGGGUUCAUAAAACACGGGGGGGGGGGGGGGGGGACGGGACUAUUUUUUAAAAAAACUUUACGAGUCACAUGUAGCACUAAUCACUUUUAUCAUAAGCACUAUAAUUUCACCAUUGAAACCACACUUCCUGAAAACUGCUGCCCUGAAGUCUUGGUUAGUGUUUGGCUUUUGUCUUGAUGAGUACUGCCUAACUGUGUCACUGUGCACUUCAGUUCAUGGAUUGAUCUUAGAAUCUAUGCUUUCCUGUUACAAUUGGCUUUCCUGAAAACUCUUAUCCCAAACAUUAAGUGGAGGGAAAAACUCUCUCUGGAAUGUUUGUCUUGAAAACUGCAACCUUGUGUAAUAAUUUCUGCCAAAGUUGUUUUAUAUUUUGAAAAGCUUUAGUGACCCCUGCAAAGUUUUGAAUCCUGUAAGCCUGGCUAGAAAACGUCCAUCUUGACUUUGGGCUUGGAAGGAAUUGAAGCAAUUGAAAAACAUUGUCUUUGGCCACUUAUUUUUAUGUAGUGGAUGUCUAUAAUUUAAAAAUGCUCUAUUUUUCUUUUUUUAAAAAGCUUGCAAACAUUUCCCUGUGACUUUAUUUCCCUAUGAGUUUAUCCCUAUUUUCUCUUGAUUGGUGGUUCUUCUGCAUCUAAAAAGAAGAGAGAGCCUGAUGUAAUACCAUAGCUUUGAUAAUACUCCUUGAACAGGAUAUUGUUAUGACCUUUGGUCCCUACUGCUUGCACAUUAUAAGUGCAGUUGAAUGAACU